CCCCAACCCCACCUCCCUUUCCCACCCCGCGAUGGCGGAAGAAACUCCGCAGAACAGAUUGGCCGCAGCCAAGAAAAAGUUAAAAGAAUAUUGGCAGAGAAAUUCUGUUCCAGCAGAAGCAAAGAGGAACAGGAAAACAAAUGGCAGUAGCCCUGAGACAUCCACUUCUGCUGGUUGCCACUCACCUCGGGAUCCGGCAACAGGUAUCUACGGGGUGGGCCCUACAUCAUGUGCUACCCUGAAGGAUCUGGAGAGUCCGUGCCAAGAACAAGCAGUAGUCCUUGACUCGAGGGCCAUCAAAAUCAGUCGACUGAAUAACACCAUCAAAUCUUUGGAACAACAGAAGAAACAAGUGGAACAUCAGCUGGAAGAAGAAAAGAAGGCAAACAACAAGAAACAGAAAGCUGAAAGGGAGCUAGAGGUUCAAAUCCAGAGAUUGAACAUACAGAAAAAGAAACUAACUAUAGACCUGUAUCACACGAAAUGCUCUCUCAGAUACUUUGAAGAAGAGUCGAAGGAUCUGGCCGGCUGCCUGCAACAUUCAUCGCAGCGUACGGAAGAGUUAGAGCGGGCUCUAUCUGCUGUCACCGCCACACAGAAGAACAAGGUGGACAGGUCCUCGAAGCGCAGUAAAACACUUCUCAAGACACAGUUAAAGCAGUCCUUACAGGAGCGGGCACUGCUGAAAGCGCACGUGACACAGAUGAAGGAGUCGCUGCAACAAGUCCAGCUAGAGAGAGAUGAGUAUGCUGAACAUAUAAAAGGAGAGAGGGCCCGGUGGCAGGAGAGGAUGAGGCAAAUGUCACAGGAGCUUUGGACCUUGAAGAAGGAGAACCAGCAUAAUAUGCAUCGGGUGGAGGAGCUGGAGAGGAGCUUGUCCCAAUUCAACAACCAGAUGGCCGAACCCCUGUCCCCGGAGCCCCCAGCAGUGGCCCCUGAGGAGGAGCUGCAGCACCUGAGGAAGGAAUUAGAGCGAGUGUCAGCAGAGCUCCAGGCCCAGGUGGAAAACCAUCAGCACGUCAGUCUCCUGAACCAGGCACAAAAGGAGAGGCUUCGGGAGCAGGAGGAGAGGCUUCGGAGGCAGGAGGAGAGACUUCAGCAGCUGGCCGAGCCACAGAGUGGCUUCGAGGAGCUGAACAACGAGAACAAGAGCGCACUGCACUUGGAGCAGCAAGUCGAAGGGCUGCAGGAGAAGCUGCGUGAGGUGGAGACAGUAACCUCGACCCACAAGGAGCCAGAGGCAGCGGUCUCAGCCCCAGGGACUGGGGGCGAGUCUGUGAGUGGGGAGACCCCCCGGGCCCUGCAGGAAGUCAUGGAAAAGCUGGAGCGUGGCCUUAUGGAUCUCCUGGAGGAGAAGGCGGACCUGAGGGAGCGUGUGGAGAAACUAGAACAUCAGUUCAUCCAGUACUGGAGGGAGAGAUGCCAUCAGAAAAUUAAGCACCUUAUAACGGAGCCAGAGGGCAGUGCCAAAGAGGCGACGCCAGGAGGAGGUCAUCAUCAGGCUGGCCCAGGACGACGAGAUGAAGGUGGAGCUCCUGGAGCUGCAGGAGAUGCUGUUGCGGCUUGGGUUGACGGCAACAAAGGGCACAGCAAAUUCCUGGCCGCUGCCCAGAACCCAGCUGAUGAGCCCAGUCCAGGAGCCCCACCCCCCCAGGAGCUUGGGGCUGCCGACCAGCAUGGUGAUCUUUGUGAGGUGAACCUCACCGACAGCUCCGGGCCUGCGCAAGGAGAGGCCAGGAAGGGGUCUCCCCAUGACAACCCUACUGCACAGCCCAUCAUGCAGGACCACCAGGAGCACCCAGGCUUGGGCAGCAACCGCUCUGGGCCAUUCUUUUGCUGGGCUUGGCUGCAGAGAAGAAGGAGAUAA